AUGAACUCAACCAGACGUCAGGACAGCUUUAACGAUGCUUUCACAAAGAACUUCAUCACCUUUGCUUUCGGCUUUAUCAUCAACUCCAUCAAUGGAGCUUUCGUCUACACCUACUUUAAGAGCCAGGUCUUCCAGCGAGACCCCAGGUAUGUGCUCUACAUCCAUCUGGUGAUCAACGACAUGAUUAUGCUCACCGUUUCUGUGGCACUGCAAAUCAUGACCUACACCAUCCCCCUGCGUUUUGCACCCUGCUGCAUCAUGUUGCUCAUCUUAGUCACUACCAACAAGAACAGCCCUCUGAACCUCGCUGGCAUGGCAGUGGAGCGUUACAUCGCUGUUUGUCGACCUCUUCGUCACGUCCAGAUCUGCACCGUGCAGCGAGCCUACGCUCUGAUUGCACUGAUCUGGGGCAUCUCCAUCAUCCCUGCCUUCACAGACAUCAUCAUCAUCCUCGCCACCAAGCCCCUCUCUGUCUUCUCAAGCAGUGUCAUCUGUUACCCUACUUAUAUCUACAACACACCGUACCACAAGACACAAAGUACAGUUGUCCAGGUCCUUCUGUUUUCCUUCGUCUUCCUGACUGUGAUCGUCACCUACCUGAAGGUCCUCUGCGCUGCUCGGGCAGUUUCUGGCUCCAACCAGGCUUCAGCCAGAAACGCCCGCAACACCAUCCUGCUGCAUGGAGUCCAGCUCCUCAUCUGCAUGUUGUCAUACAUCUCUCCCUUCCUCAACCUCAUUUUAGUCACCACUUGGCCCCAGGAACGCACCAAGAUCUUCUUCAGCUGCUUCCUGUUUACCAAUGUGCUUCCUCGUCUGCUCAGCCCGCUCAUCUACGGCGUCAGAGACAAGAAGUUCAGCAGCCACAUCAGGCUGCACUUCUGCUGUAAAUGCUGCAACUCUGUAGGAAAGAGGGUGAAAUGA